AUGACUGCUACGUACAGCCCCCUUCAGCUUUUUCAGCUGUUCUUCACCCAAUCCGUUGUAGAGUCGCUCGUGUCCAACACGAAUAAGAAUGGGAAGAAGAAGCAAGCGGGCAAAACGGCAGCAUGGAAGCCCAUAACCACGGCAGACUUUUUCUGCUACCUUUCUCUGGUCAUCUACAUGGGGCUGGUGAGGCUGAAAAGACUGAAGGACUACUGGAAAACGUCAUCUCUCUACCAACUGCCUUUCCCCUCGACUGUUAUGUCCCGCAAAAGGUUUCUGGGUCUCUCCCAGGCGCUUCACAUCAGUGACCCAAAGGUUGAUGAAGAGAAUGAGAAGAAGAGAGGCACAGCGAGGUUUGAUACACUGUGCAAAAUCAAACCUCUCUACCACAGCAUUGUCGAAGCCUGCAAGACGUACUUUCAGCCAGCCCAGAACGUGUCAAUCAAAGAGAGGAUGGUGGCCUCAAAGGACAGCAUUGGCCUCCAACAAUACAUGAGAAACAAACCAACCAAGUGUGGUCUGAAGCUGUUUGUGUUGGCUGAUUCUGCGUGUGCCUACACGUGCAAUUUCUUGGUCUACGAGGGGAAGAACAGUUUUGCUACCGGUAAGGAACUCAGCUAUGCCUCUGUAAUGGUGUUGUUGGAUUUUCAACUGCUGGGGAAGGGCUACAAACUGUUUGUGGACAACUUCUACACAAGCCCUGCCCUGUUUGCAGACCUGAGGAAGCUGGGGGUGUGGGCUUGUGGCACCAUUCGUACCACCAGGGUGGGCUUCCCGAAGACUAAGGUGGACGACAUGCCCAAGCGGGCUGAGCGGGGGACCAUGCGAUGGAUCCGAGAAGAUGGCCUGCUGUUUGUGAAGUGGAUGGACGCCAGAGAGGUGGCGAUGUGCUCCAAUAUCCACAAGUCCUUCAGUGGGGAUUAUGUUGUCAGACGUGUGAAGGACGCUACCGGGGCAUGGGCCACCAAAAAUGUCCCUGUUCCUGCAGCCAUCAAGGACUAUAACCAGAGCAGAGGAGGUGUAGACUUGUCAGACGCUCUUAUAGGGUACUACAAUGUUCUCCAUAAGACAAAGAAAUGGUACAAGACAUUGUUUUACCAUUUCAUUGACAUUGCUGUGGUGAAUGCAUUCAUCCUACACAAGGAAAUGGCGAAGAGCUGUGGAAAGCCCUUCCUCUCACAGAAAGCCUUCAGAGAGCAGCUCAUCAAGGAGCUUGCUGGCUACAGCAAGUCCACUGCAUCACAUUCUGCCGCCUCGACUCCUGCCUCCAGUGGUGUUCAUAUACCACAGUUCAUUACUGCAGGCGUGACUGUACCUCAGAGACAAAGGGAAGGAGCAUGGAGGCGUUGUUGUGUUCUUUGUCGCAUGAAGUCCCCCAUCAUCUGCUCCAGUUGUUCAGUUUGCCUCUGCCUUGUAGCAGAAAGAGACUGCUUUGGGACAUGGCACAGGCAGCAAAAUAUUCUGUUCUAA